GGGCUGGAAACGGGGAUGUGUGUGGGGUGGGAACGAGGAUUCCGGAGCCUAUGGUUGCCGCGUUCGCCGCAGGCUCGGAGAUGCGAGCCCCGCACCGGACCGGACCGGACCCGCCCCGCCCCGCCCCUUUCCGGUACCGGGAGGGGCGUGGCUUACCGGAGGCGUGGUGUUAUCCCGGUGGGGGCGCGGCUUCUGGCAGAAGCGGUGCCCAUGGCGGAGCAGCGCGUUUCGCGUUGGUACUUCGGCGGCCUCGCGUCGUCCGGGGCCGCCUGCUGCACCCACCCCCUGGAUCUGCUGAAGGUCCACCUGCAGACGCAGCAGGAGGUGAAGAUGCGGAUGAUGGGGAUGGCAAUGCACGUGAUCCGCACCGACGGCUUCCUGGCUCUCUACAAUGGGCUCAGCGCCUCGCUGUGCCGGCAGAUGACAUAUUCCUUGACUCGCUUUGGCAUCUAUGAGACUGCGAAGAACUACCUGGGCAACCAGGGGCCUCCCCCAUUCUACCAGAAAGUGCUCUUGGCUGCAACAGGAGGUUUCACUGGUGGGUUUGUGGGAACUCCAGCGGACAUGGUGAACGUCAGGAUGCAGAACGACAUGAAGCAGCCGCCGGCACAGCGGCGCAAUUAUUCCCAUGCCCUGGAUGGCAUGUACCGUGUCCUCCGGGAAGAGGGCCUGAAGAAACUCUUCUCAGGAGCAUCAGUGGCAUCGGCCCGUGGUGCCCUUGUUACAGUUGGACAGCUUUCCUGUUAUGACCAGACCAAGCAGCUGGUUCUUGCAACUGGAUUGCUGUCAGACAAUGUCUUCACUCACUUCCUGUCCAGCUUCAUCGCUGGCCUGUGUGCCACAUUCCUGUGCCAGCCCCUGGAUGUGCUCAAGACCCGCCUCAUGAACUCCCACGGGGAGUACCAGGGUGUCACCCACUGUGCCAUGGAAACUGCCAAGCUCGGACCACUUGCCUUCUACAAGGGCUUCGUUCCUGCUGCUGUCCGGCUCGUUCCUCAGACCGUUCUCACCUUUGUCUUCCUGGAGCAGCUGCGCAAAUAUUUUGGGAUCAAAGUGACCACCUGAAUCUGGGGGACCAGACCCUGCCUUACCCCAGGGGGAGUGAGCGUGUGGGUCACCCCCAAGAUCCCAGAACCCCUCUCUGCUCUCUGAGGCCAGUGCCAUUCCCUCUCUUCUCAACUCUACUCCUGUGCCUUGCCAGCACCUGUCGCCAACCCCCUACUUGCAAACUCACCCUUCCUCUCAUCUCCAUUCGCAGCAUUUCCACCUCUGCAUUGCUACUUCUGGGUUUUGGGUUUUUUUGGGGGGGGGGGUGUUCUGUCUUCGCACUUCUCUACUGGCUCUGAGUUGUGUCCUUGCCCCCCCCCAGCCUUGUCCCUGAUGUGCCCCAGAAUCAGGACUGUGCUGUCUCAGGGAGUAGGGAGAUGAGAUGCCUGGCUCUGUACCUUGUCACUCAGCCCAUGGGGCUGGAGAGACUGCUCACCCUACAGCUGUGGGGCUGGGGCUUGGGGCAGUGUGUGUGAGGCCCUGUCCUCCCUCUGCCUUUAGCCCCCGUGCUCCUCCCUAACCCCAGCGCAGCUUGGACCUCCUGCCCUGCUCCUGGCCUCCCACCCUCUGAUUCUGCUUGGCCAAAACUCCUCAGCACUGCUGGCUGCUGGGCUCUUCAGGGAUUGUGCCUCAUACCAAUGACGGUGGGGAACAUGGCCUUGCUCUGGCAGGGCCUGCUACUGCCUGCUUGGGGACCCAGUGCUCUCUUACCACAGUGCGCGUACCCCACACUGGAUCUGGUCUCUGUGGGUGCAUCCCCCACCACCACUCUGCAACUUGUUUCACCUUGGGGCUGGGCAGACUCCUACUCCUCACAGCCCCUCACCCCACACUGCCCAGUGUGUGGGGGCUGUGAGCACCAGCCCCUCUGCUAUGUACACCCCUGUGUGUACUGGCCCCAAGGAAUCGAAGAACUGGAAUAUCUGAGACCUUGAUGUAUAAUAAAGAGUGAAGGUGGCA